UGGGACACAGAGAGGGAGAGAUGGUGAGCACGAUGAAUGACAUUUUUCUGAUUUCGCCGCACAGAUCACAUCCAAGAACUCCACUUGUCUUUGAUUGCUGGCCGAAGGUCGUCCACUUUUCUGGGCUGCAGGUAUGAGGGUGCUACACUGGUGCAUGCUGGGAGUGACCAUCCUCCUGCUGGUGUGCGAGGUCACCAUCAGUCAGCUGUGCAAGUCCCUCAUCACCUUAGUGGAUGGUUUCCACACGAUCUUCGUCCUCUUACGUAUGGCUCUUCCUCCUCCUCCGACAGCAAGCAUGAGUAAACCUCCGCUCUCCUCUGUGGACUCCUCCACAUCUCCUCCACAUGCUUCCUCCUCUUCAGCAGCACUUCCCACCACCCUGCCUGCAGAGUCAUCCACCAAACCUCUACCUGGGAGCCAGGCUGGUGGGUUUCUGGACUGCGGUGUGUCCUUCACCGGCAGCAGGAUUCGGCCUGUCGGGACUUUCAUCUCCGCUCUCUUCCUGACCUUUAUGUGUCUCUCUUACUUCCUGGAAAUCAUUAGCUUUUGCCUGGACCCACACCCAGUGCAGCGCCCCCUCCUGCUUGUGGUGGUCGGAGGUGUCAGUCUGCUCCAUAAGAUGCUGGUGGUCUGGAUGAACUUGGAUCAGCUGCAGGAUGAGAAUGCUGGAGUCAGAGAGACCGAUUCACACCUUGAAGUGAACCACAGAGUCUUGGCUGCAGAGGAAACCAAAGGCCAGCCUGAGCCGGGGCGAGUCUUGGAUGAUAUUAACCAUGUUCAAUCUGCCAUGAACGACUCACUCCACAACGGAGCGCUUGUCCUCUGUAACCUGGGAAUCUCCAGCGUCCCUGACAUUGACUCUCACGCGGCAUCACAACAGCCAGAAGACCACCUGCAUGCAGCCGCUGCACAGGAGAGCAGGGACUGUGGAGCAGGCAGCGCUGUUGCAGAUUUGAAGGUUCACAGGUGCAUGGGACAUCUUGACAAUCAAAAUGCAUUUAAUGCCUCCCCAGUCUGCAAGUCAUCACUUCACAUCGAGAGGACCGUACCAAGCAGCCAGUGGCCAGUCAGUCUCCUUUCGUUCGUCCUCGUCCUUCAGGGCCUUUGUACCGCUCUUCUGGCUCUGAUCAACAGCCUGGUGAUGCUGCUGAUCGGCCCACGGUGCCUGCACAGCUCUGGAACAUGUGGCCUCUUGGUUUACCUGGAUCCUGGCCUCUCCCUGCUGGCUGUGAUUACGCUCAUUGCCUCAGCUGCACCACAGGUGCACAGGUACGGACUUCUGCUGCUGCAGGCCACACCGCCACAUAUUUGUGCGUCUGAUCUUGAACGGAGGAUUACGUGUGUCCCUGGGGUGCGAGCUGUGCACGACCUGCACAUCUGGCAGUUAACUGAAUCAUUCACGGUGGCCUCUGUCCAUGUACACUGCCAUGCUGGGUUUCCAGUGCACAGGUGUGCUGAUCUGAUGUCGGGCGUCACUAAGGUGCUGUGCAGUGUGGGAGUGAGCUGCUGCACCAUUCAGCCAGAGUUCGCCUCCUGCUCUGGGUCCUCUGCAGGCAGUGAGGGGGACGCCUCGCCUGUCGUCCACAGAGCGGACCCCUCCCUACCUCCUCUUCUGUACUGCAGCCUCGCCUGUGGAAAGGCAUGCGCUGGGAAUAUGUGCUGUUCUUCUCUAGAGGAGGAGACCAGAACCCUGCAGGCACCAGCAGCUGGGGAAACAAAGGAAGAGCCUCAGACACUGGUCAUCGAGAACACCUUCCUCUGACUGCAAGAACAUGAAAACAAGAAUAUAAAUGAAUGUGAAAAUAACAGAUUUGAAAGUGUAAUCUCUCUCAAAACACUGCCUGCACAUUAUAUGUAAAUGUUCUGUUAGUUUUGUAACAUUAACACAGUGCUGCACCAAAGAUCUUUAUGCAAUAUCAAGUGAAAUUCUUUCAAAAUGGAGGCAAUGUUUUCUUGUGUUGCUUCAUUUGUACCUGGAACCUCUGACUUCUGAUUAACUUCUUUAUUCUCUCCCACGUAUGUACUGAAAUAA